CAAUGGUUCAAGAAAUUAAAUUGAGGAAGAGUAUAUUGGUGGUUGGCGACAAGGGAGUGGGCAAAACAUCGCUUUUAAUGUUUCUUAAAAACCAUGGAGAGUUUCCAAUCGAUAUCAAUUUGCCAAAUCAUUUGGAACCAUUUAAAGUCGACGUUUCACUAGCUGGUUGCGACAUACCUGUCUCAAUUGAAUUGAAAAUUUUCGAUACUCAUUUCAAGCAGUUUGAUAAUAACUUUGAUCCGUUUUUAUACUUCAAUUUAUUGUACGAUUUGAGCCAAUUCAGUCUAAUAUUGAUCUGCUUAUCAUAUGACGAUUUAAAUUCGUUUAAUAAUUUGAGGAAACACUGUAAUAGUAAUAGUAAUAGUAAUAAUAAUAAUAAUAAUAAUAAUAAUAAUAAUAAUAAUAACAAUAAAAACAGAAUUCCAUUUUUUAUAUUAUGUUUAAAAGCUGAUUUGAAAAACAAAAAUAAAGACAUUUCAUUAAAUGAUUUGUUGUUAUUAAAUGAUGAAUUGAACUCCAAUGGGUUUUUCGAAUGUUCAUCAAAAACAAAUAAUAAUAUAUUUAUUACAUCUACAUUAUUAUAA